AGAACAACACUGGGUUCUGCAUUUCCUUUUCCCCGUUGACGAAGAAGACAAUGUUUGGUGUCUCUCCCUUUCACUCUCCAUUUUAUUUCAAUGGAAUUUGAUGCACUUUGCAAAACGAAAAAGUAAAAGAGCUAAGAAAAGCACAACGAUUUUCGGACGAACUUUUUUCCCAGAAAAUUUUUGUUUCCUUGUUUCCUGGUCCUCUUUUGAUGCGUUUUCUAUGUCUGAAAAAUGUAAGAUUGCUCAAAAGCAGAGGAUACUUUCGUUCAGCAAUUUUGUUGGAAAUUAGCCCAGGAGAAGCUUAUGUGCUUUAAGUGAAGAAUUCUUUGUUAGAGAGACAGGGGCAGAGAGACGAGUGAAUGAAGAGUGAAGAAAUGGUUUUUGAGCCAUUCGUCUGGUACUGUAGGCCAGUGAAGAAUGGGGUUUGGACAAAGGCUGUGGAUAAUGCCUUCGGGGCUUACACGCCAUGUGCGGUCGACUCGCUGGUGAUCUGUGUUUCUCAUUUGGUUCUUCUGGGUCUGUGUAUCUAUCGAAUUUGGAGGACUAAUAAGGAUUUCACAGUCCAGAGAUUCCGUUUGAGGUCCAAAGUUUACAACUAUGUGUUGGGGUUAUUGCCUGCUUAUUGCACUGCUGAGCCUUUGUUCAGAUUGAUAAUGGGAAUUUCCGUGCUGAAUUUGGAUGGACAGGCUGGUCUUGCACCAUUUGAGGCGAUAUCUCUGACGAUUGAGGCACUUGCUUGGUGUUCUAUGCUGGUCAUGAUUAGUGUGGAGACCAAAGUUUACAUCCGUGAAUUCCGGUGGUUUGUCAGAUUUGGAGUCAUUUAUGCUUUGGUGGGAGAUGCUGUGAUGCUCAAUCUCAUUCUUUCAGUGAGGGAUUUUUUUAGUAGAUCUGUUUUGUAUCUAUACAUCAGUGAAGUCGCCAUCCAGGUUUUAUUUGGACUUCUUCUGUUUGUGCAUCUUCCUCAUUUGGAUCCCUAUCCUGGUUAUACACAAAUGCCACCUGAAUCACAUGACGAUGCCGCAUAUGAAGAUCUUCCUGGAGGAGAUCAAAUAUGCCCUGAGAGACAUGUCAACAUAGUUUCCAAAAUAUUCUUUUCAUGGAUGAAUCCCCUGAUGAAGCUUGGUUACCAAAGGCCUCUAACAGAGAAGGAUGUCUGGAAAUUGGAUGCUUGGGAUACAACGGAGACACUAAAUACGACAUUCCAGAGAUGCUGGCUUGAGGAAUCUCGGAAGCCAAAGCCAAGGCUUUUAAGAGCAUUAAACCAUAGCCUUGGGGGAAGGUUUUGGUGGGGAGGCUUUUGGAAGAUUGGCAAUGAUCUUUCUCAAUUUGUGGGGCCUCUUAUAUUGAAUCGUCUCCUACAGUCUAUGCAACAAGGGGAACCGGCAUGGAAUGGUUACAUCUAUGCCUUCUUAAUAUUUGUUGGAGUGGUUUUCGGGGUGUUAUGCGAAGCUCAAUAUUUCCAGAAUGUCAUGCGAGUUGGUUUCAGGCUAAGAUCAACCUUGAUUGCUGCUGUAUUCCGCAAAUCCUUGAGGCUUACUCAUGAAGCUCGUAAGAAUUUUGCAUCUGGGAAAAUAACCAACUUGAUGACAACUGAUGCUGAAUCCCUUCAGCAAGUAUGUCAAUCGCUUCACACUUUAUGGUCGGCUCCGUUUCGUAUCAUUGUUUCUAUGGUCCUUCUGUAUCAGCAGUUGCAUGUUGCUUCACUGCUAGGUGCAUUGCUGUUGGUUCUUAUGUUCCCCUUUCAGACAUUUGUGAUAAGCAGGAUGCAAAAAUUGACCAAGGAGGGGCUGCAACGUACUGACAAGAGAAUUGGGCUCAUGAAUGAAAUUUUGGCUGCAAUGGAUACUGUGAAAUGCUAUGCAUGGGAGAGCAGUUUCCAAUCUAAGGUACAAAAUGUUCGGACUGAUGAACUAUCCUGGUUCUGGAAAGCAUCACUUCUAGGAGCGCUUAAUGCAUUUAUACUGAACAGCGUUCCAGUUCUUGUGACUGUGAUUUCAUUUGGAAUGUUCACUAUGCUUGGGGGAACUCUGACGCCUUCAGUAGCAUUUACAUCGCUUUCUUUGUUUGCUGUGCUUCGCUUUCCUCUCUUCAUGCUUCCUAAUAUUAUAACUCAGGCGGUUAAUGCAAAUGUAUCCUUAAAACGUUUGGAGGAGCUACUCUUAGCUGAGGACAGGAUUCUUCUGCCAAAUCCUCCUCUUGAUCCAAGACUACCAGCGAUUUCGAUAAAAAAUGGAAAUUUUUCUUGGGAUUCUCAGGCAGAGAGGUCCACGUUGUCAAAUAUCAAUUUGGAUAUUUCUGCUGGAAGCUUAGUUGCAAUAGUUGGCAGCACUGGAGAAGGAAAGACGUCACUUAUAUCGGCGAUGCUUGGGGAGCUUCCUUCGGUGGGAGAUUCGAGCGUUGAUAUACGAGGAACAGUUGCUUAUGUUCCACAAGUUUCGUGGAUUUUUAAUGCUACCGUACGAGAUAACAUUUUAUUUGGUUCACCCUUCUACCCUGCAAGAUACGAGAAAGCAAUAGAUGUAACUGCAUUAGGGCCUGAUCUUGACGUGCUUCCUGGUGGUGAUUUAACUGAGAUUGGUGAAAGGGGUGUGAACAUUAGUGGUGGGCAAAAGCAAAGAGUUUCAUUGGCUAGGGCUGUAUAUUCGAACUCUGAUGUCUUCAUUUUUGAUGACCCACUAAGUGCUUUGGAUGCUCAUGUGGCUCGACAGGUUUUUGAGAAAUGCAUUCGAGGAGAAUUAAGAGGGAAAACAAGAGUUCUUGUCACAAACCAGCUACAUUUUCUUUCUCAAGUCGAUAAAAUAAUCCUGGUCCACGAAGGGACAGUUAAAGAGGAGGGAACAUUUGAGGAACUAUCCAAUAUUGGCGUGCUGUUCCAAAAGCUGAUGGAAAAUGCGGGGAAGAUGGAAGAGUAUGUCGAAGAAAAGGAAGGCGAUCAUGAAACCACUGAUAGCAAUGUCUCUUCAAAAGCACUUGCCAAUGGAGUUCUUAAUGAUGCUCAGAAGAACGCAAAUGACUCGAGAAAACCAAAAGAAGGAAGAUCUAUUCUUAUUAAACAGGAAGAACGUGAAACGGGCGUAGUCAGUUUGAGGGUCCUGGCAAGAUAUAAGAAUGCCUUGGGGGGUUUGUGGGUGGUUAUGAUUCUCUUUAGCUGUUAUGUCCUGACUGAGAUUCUACGAAUUUCAAGUAGCACCUGGUUAAGCCAUUGGACUGAUCAAGGAAUUUCAGUGAAUUAUGAUCCUGGCUUCUACAAUCUGAUAUAUGCGCUUCUAUCAUUUGCUCAGAUUACGGUGUCAUUGGGAAAUUCCUGUUGGUUGAUUAUUUCAAGUCUUUAUGCUGCUCAAAGGCUGCACGAAGCCAUGCUUAACUCUAUAUUAAGAGCUCCAAUGGUAUUCUUUCACACCAAUCCCCUUGGACGGAUCAUUAAUCGAUUUGCAAAGGAUCUUGGUGACAUUGAUCGGAGUGUUGCUCCAUUUGUGAAUAUGUUUCUAGGCCAAGUGUCACAGCUGCUUUCUACUUUUAUUCUGAUAGGAAUAGUGAGCACAAUGUCCUUAUGGGCCAUAAUGCCACUCUUGCUUCUGUUUUAUGCAGCAUAUCUCUUUUACCAGAGCACGGCCCGGGAAGUGAAACGCUUGGACUCCAUAAGCAGAUCCCCUGUUUAUGCGCAAUUUGGAGAAGCAUUGAACGGCCUAUCAACUAUUCGUGCUUACAAAGCGUAUGAUAGGAUGGCAGAGAUUAAUGGAAAAUCCGUAAAUAAUAAUAUCAGAUUCAGCUUAGUGAACAUGAGUGGAAACCGCUGGCUUGCUAUUCGUUUGGAAACUGUGGGAGGCCUCAUGAUAUGGUUUACUGCAACCUUUGCUGUCAUGCAGAAUGGGAGGGCAGCUCACCAGCAAGAGUUUGCUUCCACAAUGGGUCUUCUUCUUAGUUAUGCUCUAAACAUUACAAGUUUACUGACUGCUGUACUGAGACUUGCAAGUCUGGCUGAGAAUAGCUUAAAUGCUGUUGAGCGAGUUGGCACGUAUAUAGAUCUACCUUCUGAAGCUCCGGCUAUUAUAGAGAGUAACCGCCCCCCUCCUGGAUGGCCUUCAGCUGGGGCUAUUAAAUUUGAGGAUGUUGUUAUUCGUUACAGGCCUGAACUUCCUCCAGUUCUACACGGGUUGUCAUUCUCAAUAUCACCAAGCGAUAAGGUGGGAAUUGUUGGGAGGACUGGUGCAGGGAAGUCCAGCAUGCUUAAUGCUUUAUUUCGGAUUGUAGAACUGGAAAGAGGAAGAAUUUUGAUUGAUGAUUGUGAUAUUGGAAAGUUUGGACUAGCAGAUCUGCGAAAAGUUCUUGGCAUUAUACCACAGUCACCAGUUCUUUUCUCAGGAUCUGUGAGAUUCAACCUUGAUCCCUUUAAUGAACAUAAUGAUCAAGACCUUUGGGAAGCUUUAGAGAGGGCGCAUUUGAAGAACGCCAUUGCAAGGAAUUCUUUUGGAUUGGAUGCUGAGGUUUCAGAGGCUGGGGAGAAUUUCAGUGUUGGACAGAGACAACUAUUAAGUCUUGCUCGAGCAUUGUUGCGCAGAUCAAAGAUUCUGGUUCUUGAUGAAGCAACUGCAGCUGUUGAUGUUAGAACUGAUGCUCUUAUUCAAAAGACUAUCCGGGAAGAAUUUAAAUUAUGUACAAUGCUCAUUAUUGCUCACAGACUAAAUACCAUUAUUGACUGUGACCGGGUUCUUCUGCUUGAUGCUGGUCGGGUUCUAGAAUAUGAUACUCCUGAGGCACUGCUGUCAAAGGAAGACAGUGCUUUCUCAAAAAUGGUUCAAAGCACAGGAGUUGCAAAUGCUCAAUAUCUACGCAGCUUAGUACGUGAAAGAGAAGAAGAAAAUCGGUUGGCAAGAGAAGAAAGUAAACGGCUAGAUGGACAAAGGAAAUGGCUGGCCUCUUCUCGCUGGACUGUUGCUGCCAAGCACGCCCUUGGUAUUAGCCUCAGCUCAUCGCAGAAUGAUCUUCAAAGGUUGGAAAUUAUUGACGAGGAGAACAUCCUCAAGAAAACAAAGGAUGCGGUGAUAACUUUGCAGGGAGUUUUGGAAGGAAAACAUAACAAAGAAAUCGAUGAGUCUCUGGAUCACUAUGCGAUCUCUAGGGAAAGUUGGUGGUCUUCUCUUUACAGAGUAAUUGACGGUCUUGCUAUGAUGAGCAAGUUAGCUCGGAACAGGCUCCAACAACCAGAAUACGGUUUUGAGACCAGAUCGAUUGACUGGGACAAUAUUGAAAUGUAGAGGAUAGUGCCUGGUUUUUCAAUGCAAUUUUUGUAGCCCCCUUGAUCCCUGUAUCAAUUAUCCUCUCUUUUCUGUAGUCGUUUUUCUUUUCCGUCGGCUAAUCGCAAAACCCUCUUUAAUUCUUGUGACUCUAUCUUGGGUCCUUGAAUUUGAUUCCUGUUGCAACAUAGAUUUUGUAUUUACGUUCUGUAGCCUGAUAAUUACAGGGCAUUUAGCCACAUGGCUUUUUCUAUAUGCAACCUGCAAAUGAGUUGGGACCAGAAAGUAGUUUAUUUCUAUA